AUGAGUACUACGGGAUCAUUAAAAACAGCUGGUAGUGUUGCAAAUCAUGCACGUAGUGAUCAAUCAAUAAGAAAACCUCGCUUAGCACCAUUAUGGCCCGAAUGGAACGAUGCUGAUGUUAAUGCUGAAUCAUGGGAAAUUGGAAGUGGAAAAAAGAAAGAAACAGCAGCGAGUAGAGCUCGUGCUGAUACAAAAUCAGCUAGUGUAGCAGGCACACAUGGAUUUGAAGAUCCUGAAGGUAAAGUUGAACUACCUCCAACAUUUAAAGUCGAACAAUGGAAAAGACCAGUCGAUUUUUUACCACCGGAAAGACCACCGGUAAUUGUCGAUCCUGAUCAAGGUAUGCAAAAUUUUGAUUUAGUCACACCAAAUGAACAUUUACAUUUCAAUGAAACAAUGCGCAACAUUAUUAGUCAGAUUACCGCAUUAUGGGAUAUUUGCCGACGAGAACGUAAACAUACAAAUUCACCAUCAGAAACUACUACAGAACCAAAUCCAGCUGUUUUAAGUGGACGAACAUGGCGUCCAUGGGAACAUAUAUAUGCCUUGAAUAAAGUAUCUAGACAACCUUUUAUACCUCCAUACAAUCCUGCAGGCAAAUAUGUUAUUCGACUUUUCUUUUUGGGUACAUGGCGAAAAAUUAUUGUUGAUGAUACAAUUCCAUUUGAUUCGAAAAAUCGUUGUCUUUUACCACAAACAUCAUUAUCAUAUGAAUUAUGGCCAAUACUUUUAACAAAAGCUUUAUUAAAAAUAAUGUCACUUGAUUAUCGUCCACCAAAUACAAAUCCUACAUAUAAUGAAACCAGUGUUAUUCAUACACUUACUGGUUGGGUACCAGAACCUAUUCCAUUGAAAUACACACAUGCAGGAAAAGUAUGGGAAUUUCUUCGUUACGAUCGUUCAAAUAAAAUCGUAGUGGAUAAUGAAAAUGUAGCCAAUAAAAUUGAACAACGUUCAACAAGUCCAUUACCAGCUUUUGGUCCUGUACCAUUAUAUAAAUGGCCAGAAGCAAAAGUUGAUGUACAAGAAGAAUCUGCAUCAUCACAUGCAAAUGAACAAGUGGGUCAUCAAGAUGAUACAGGAACUGAAACUUUAACAAAAAAAUCUGAUGAAAAAAGUGCUAAAAAGGCAGGAGCACCAGCUAGUCUAACAGUACCAAAAGAUACAACUACAAAAGCAGCAGCAGGAAAAGAAAGUCGAACAGGUAAAGAUUCGAAACGAUUUGGAGGUGCUGGUCGUGGAGGUACAGUAGAAGAUCCAGCAGCUAUUAUUGAUGAUCAAACCAUACCUGAAGCACCAAAAAUGAUUGUAUUUGCUAAUAUACCACAUUCACAACCAGCACGUAAUAGUGCUUAUGGUGAAUUAGCAGAUAGAAGUGAACGAUUACGACGUUAUAAUCUUAAUGAUACAUUUUCAACUUCAAUGUUAUUAACUACAAUUCGAGAUAUUCCAUUAGAACCACCACCACCACCAGAAUAUGUACCUCCAUGGAAACUUAUUCGACCAAAAAAAUCAAAAACAUUACCUCAUGCUGAACCAUUUACUCCUCGAGAACCAAAACCUGAUCGUUACAUUGAAAUAACAUCUCCAUAUAUUAAUUAUCCAUCUCCAAGUGUACUUAAUAUGAAUGUUCAUACACCUAAUCAUGGUGCAACAUCACGUUUAAGUCAUUCAGCAACACAUUCAACUGGUGUUGAUGUACAGGAAAUACUUGAAGUUGAUGAAGAUGAAGAUGCAGAACAUAAUGAAUCACGACCUGAACUUGAUAUUGAUCAAGCUGAUACAAGUUUAAUGUCACCUGCUAAAGAGUUAAAUGUUGUUGAUACACCAGAUGGAUUUGAUAGUUCUUUACGUAGUGCAGGAAGUACACUCCGACAAGAACGAUCAGCUGAUAAAAAUAAAGGUAAUCGAAAAAUGACAAGUAGUAAAAUCGAAUUACCCAAUGCAAAACUAAUAUCAGAUGCUGCAUCUGUUAAAACCGCUGAAAGUGAACAAAAUUCAGCACAGGUAGAUUUGGCCGCAACUGCAAAUAAUGAACAACAAGAUUCUCAAUCGAAAACAAAUGAUGCACAUUCAAGUCCUAAACCCAGUCAACCAAUGAAAAAAUCUUAUACAACACCAAAAUUAUGGAUGGAUUUUGAAGAUUUUUGUUCAUGUUUUACAUCAAUUGUUGUUUUUCAUAAUCCUCGUGGCUAUCAACAUACACAAAAACAUACAGAAAUAAAGCCUGCUGUUACUUCUUUCACAAAAGAAAAGAAGAAAGAUCCUAAUCCACCUGCUACUCAACAAGUACCUAAUUUACAAGAUGAAAAAUCACCAUUAUAUUUAUUUGUCGAUAAUACACGUGAAACAUUAGAUAAAAAUAUUGAAUUAAUUGUUAGUUUAACAUCAUUAUCACGUUGGCAUGAUUCAGGACAAGUUGAAGGUGGAGGUCCAACUGGUCCAUCAAUACCAACAAUACCUGAAAAAGGUGGUCGAACAACAGGUCUAUCAACGGAUAGAGCACCUCCAGAAGUUAGUCCUGCAAGAGGUUACGCAGGUAGACAUCGAGCAAGUACUGUGGAAAUGUUAACCCCAACACCUGCACUACAUGCGAAUAUUCAUGAGCCAAGUGUUCCUGAAAUUCCUAUAGUAUCACAAAAAGAUACAACACCACAAGCCGGUUCACUUAUUGCAGAAAUUUAUUCAUGGAAAUCAGUUUCAAUGGGACAACCCAUACUUCGUCUUCAUACAACAGCAACUAAAGCUGCUCUUCUUACAUUACCACCAGGACGACAUGUAUUGAAAUUUAGUGUAACAUGUCCAUUAGCUUCUCAUCUUCUAAUAAUGUCUGAUACACAUGAUUUUAUAUUUGGUGAUGAAGAUCAUUUAUUAUCAAAAAUUGUUGCUGUUCCAGAAGAUGCUGAAUAUACUGUACGUGCUGAAGAAUUAUUUCUUGCACUUGAUGAUGCUGUACAAAAUUUUAAUAAUAUGGAUCAACAAGAUAAUAAACUUACUGAUUUAUUUCGUUUAUAUUGUGAAUAUGCUCCUCAAUCAUCAAAUCUUACUAUUCAUGCGUGUUGGAAAGCAUUUAAUGACGCUCUCUACACAACCUUACGUACAAUAUUGAAUGGAGCUGGACAAACACUUAAUACUGAAACACAAUUUGCUUGGCGAUGUUUUACUAAUGAUUUAACAACAUCUGAUAUUAUGGGUGUAUAUGAAACAAGACAAAAUACUGUAAAUGCAGCUCGUAAUUCUGCUCGACCUGGUAAUGCAUCAGUUGCAGCAAAUCCACCAGCAACUACAACAACAACAACUGGAAAGAAAGGUGGCGGAGGAAAAGAUAAAGGUGCAGCUGAGGAUAAAACAUCUAGUAAACAACAACCACAAUUAGCUACAUCAUUAUCAACAGCUGAUUUGCAAGAAGAACAGAUAUCAGAUUGGUUAACUCGAGAAUUAUCACCAAAUGAAACAGAAGCUAUUUUAAAUAUUCAAAAAAGUGCUCGAGGAUAUUUACAACGACGUAUAUUAAAUGCUCGUACACCUGGUACAGAAAAAAAUUUACUUAUACAACGAGCAUUACAAGCAACAAUGAUAAUACUUAAAAAUGAUAUGACAAAAUCAGCAAUACUUCUUUUUAAAAAUUUAAUGAGUACUAAACCACAAUUAAUUCAAUGUUUUCAAUUUCGUAAUGAUGAUUGGAAUAUGGUAACCUAUAAAGAUUAUCAUGGACAACAUCAAGAACAACCAGCAAAUACUUGGUUUACUCUAUUUCGAGAAAUUUUUUAUGUUAUUGAAGAAGGUUUUGUUUCUGCUAAAUUACUUGCUCACGCACAAAAUUCACUAUUACGUGUAAUUAACAAUGAUACAUAUGAAGAAAUGCCACUUAUUUUUAAUCGUUUAGCUCCAGCUAUGUUUACAAAAAAUAAACUUGGUUAUACAUUUUUUGCCGAAGGAAUAACAUUAGAGCAACCACUUGUAAAUAAUCGAUAUCGUCUUCGAUUAUUAACAUCAUAUACACAAUUACCUGAACCACGAAUAGAACAAUUAACAUCAACAUUUCUUACAAAAGAAAUAAAAGGAUAUUAUGUUCCAAAUAAAGAAGAAAUUAUAUGCAGAUAUCGUGUCAUUGUUGCUGAUGAUAUUAAUCAAACUGGACGUAAUUUUCAUUUGGCUAGCAUCCAAUUCAAUACAUCAAAAUCGGAUGUUUCAAUGCGUUUAACCAUAUUAGACAAUAACCAAGAAAUCGUUAAUGUUGAAGGAAAAGGCAGUGUUGUUUUACCUGCUAUUCUAUUCCUUCGUGAUGUUACUAAUACAAUAAAUACCAUAGUACAGGCACCUGCACCAGCACCAGCACAAACAACAACAACAGCAACAGCUCCAUCGACAUCAAGACCAACGUCAAAGACUGGAGGUAAAAAAGAUAGCAAUAAAGGUGCGGGUACUGCUCGAGGAAGUAUUACUGAAACAACGGCAACAAUUCCUACUACUCGAGUAGAGAAAGAUAAAGGUGGACCUGGAAAAAGAAGUAGAUCAAGUAGUCGAACAGGAAUAGUAACAGAAGAAGAAGAAAAAAUUCAUAAAUAUAUUAUUCAAGUAACAUUACUUCGUAAAUCAUGGCCAUUAACAUUAACUCAAUGGCAAUUCGUUGAACAACUUAGAGAACAAGAAAAAAAUGAAAUGAAAAUUUUUAAACAACAACCAGCAACAACAAACGCUGCUGGAGCAGCAGGUGGUGCAGCAGGUGGAACAGGUGCAGGUAGCAAAAAGGCAGGGCAAGCAGCUACAGGUGCAGCAGCAGCUGGAAAAGGAAAAGGUACUACAGCUGCUGCUGGCGCAAGUAAAACUGGUACAAAUGCAUCGGGUCGACCAGGAACUGGUAAAGGACAAGUAGAAAAACCAAUCGAUAUAAGCAAAGCUCAUUGGAUAUUACGAGUUGUAUCUGAUGCUGAUAAAAGCGAUGAAUUAACAAUUAAAAAAGAUAAUGAACGAACUGAAGAAUUGAUUAAUACGAAAAAAGCUUGGGAAACUGUCGAAGCAGGACGUGCUCAAAAGGCGAUGCAAACACGACAAAAAUUUCUUGAUUCUUUACAACCAAAAGCUGAAGAACGUCCAUUAUCUGGUACAACAAAACUACCUGAAGGUCAAAUAGAUGAGAAACCAACUAAUGUACCGGCCACAACUGUUGAACAACAGCCAGUUGCUAAACCAACUCCAGCUGCAACAGCAGCUCCACCACCAACAACAACAACACCACCAACUACAACAACAAAGAAAAGUGUUUCGUCAACUGCAGCGAAAAAAGGUGCUGCAGCAAAAGAUGAAGCAGCUAAACAAGCUGAAUUAGCAGCCGCAGCUGCAGCCGCUGCAGCACAACAAGAAGUUGCACCACCACCACCAGCAAUUGAUGAACCUCUUCUUGAUCAACCACCACCAACAAAACCUAAAAUAACUUUACCACCACUUGAUAUGAAAGCAUUUAUGAAACAAAAAUUACUUACCGAUGAACCAAUUAUAAUUGAUCCUUUAUUUGAACAAGAAGAAUUACGCCGUCGUCAAAAUGAAUUUCUUGAAUAUGCUAAAUAUACACAAGAAAUGGGUCAAAAUCGUAAAGAAGAACAUCAAAAUCGAUAUAAAGAAAAAAUUCGUCAAUUAGAAGAAUAUGUUGAUUUACAAGCUAAAAUCGAUCAAUUUCGUCGUACUGUUAAUGAACCACGUGAAGCAUUUCGACAACGUUUUCUUGACGUUGAACGAAAACGUCUUGCUGAAUUAGCUGCUCAAGAACAAGAAUUAAUUGCCGCAGCAGAAAAAGCAAAAGCACCUGUAGCAGACAAAGGCAAAAAAGACAAAUGUUCUGGUCGUUGGCAAAUCAUUGAUAAUUUAAAUAUUAAAAUAACAUUUAAUUGGCAAAUAUUUCCACAAACAAAUCGAUUGAUUACAGAAUUUCGAACGAAUCUUGUUGAAAAAGGUUUUUGGUAUGGGUUUAGUAUUUUAUCUUCUCCAACUAAACCAACAGUAGGACUUGUUUAUGCACUUCGAUGGCAAGAAAAUGAUACAGAAAGUUUUUGGGACAUUUAUAAUGUAACAGAAUCUGGUGUUAUUAUUUUACCACAAAAUCAUACUUCACUUGUUACAUUUCAACGUUUAACUUCAUCGGGUUUAUUAACUGUUCAACCAUUAUUUAAUGUAACAUCAUUUCUCAAUGAAAAUCAAUGUUUAUAUUUUGUUUAUAUGCGAGGACGUUUUUUUCGUGAUAGACCAUUAAUACCCGAUGAUAUUUAUUUUAAUCAAUCUUUAUGUCUUACUUGUCAACGAUCUGAAUUAAUAUCAACUGUUGAACCGGUUUAUUAUAAUUCUACAAUAGAAGAAGAUACAACAUUCUUUGUAGAAGAUAAAUCAACAAUAACAAAUUCGAUUCAAUCUUCAUCAUCAUCAAUUUAUAAAAGAGAAAUAAAAUUCUUUUGGUUUGGUAGAAUUACGAAUCGUUUGUGGUCAAAUGAUUAUUAUAAUUUCACUUCUAUUUUAACACAAAAAUUACGAUUAGAUUUACAAAAUCUUUUUUUAUUUCUAAUCAAUUCAAAUUCUUCCUAUUCAUUUAUUUGUAAUCAAUUUGAAUUCUAUUCAUUAAAAUCAGGUUCAAUACUUUUUGCAAGUAAUAUUACACUUAUUUCAAACUUAUCCGAAGAUGAAACAAUAAAUAUAAUAAAAAAACUUAUAAAUACAAUCAAUGAUUCAAAUGAUAAUAAUAAUAAGCUUGAUUUUGAUCGAUCAGUACAUAAUAUAAAACGAACCAAUGAACUAUCGCAAAUAAAGAAUCUAUUUAAAAACUUAACUCGAAUAGAUAUUACUGAUUUUUCAAGACAAGCAGAAUUUGAUUCAACAUUACAUUUACUUAUUGGUUGUAUUAUUAGUAUAGGUGUUUUGAUGUUAUUAAUAACAAGUAUUCUUUGUCUUUAUGGUUAUUAUAAAUGUCGACGACGUCAAUUUCGUCGUUUUACUCAACGUUCAACAUUAAAAUUUAAACAAGAUCUUAAUUCUUAUACAUGGUUAGGACAACAACCAUCCAUCAAUUCUUCUUCUCCAUAUUUGAUACAGUCAACUUCUAUUUAA